AUGGCCGCUGCCGCUCCACCGUCGAGCUUCAGUUCACCUGUGCUGGAUCCCGUGUUGAGCGCGUCCUCCGACCGCCUUUUUUUCUUCCCUAUCAAGUAUCCUGAUAUAUGGGCGUUCUACAAGAAAGCACAGAGUUCCUUCUGGAUUGCCGAGGAGCUCGACUUUUCCAGGGACUUAGAGCAUUGGCGCUACAAACUUACUGGCGACGAGCGCGACUUCAUCUCCCACAUUUUGGCCUUCUUCGCGGCUUCCGACACCAUCGUCAACGACAACUUACUCGAGCGGUUUUCUCGCGAGGUGCAGCUGCCAGAAGCCCGUUGCUUUUACGCUUUCCAGGCCAUGAUGGAAAAUAUGCUCAGGAACGUGUACGCCUCUUCCGUGCCAUCGAAACUAUUCCCUGCGUGCAGCGUAAGGCUGAAUGGGCCCUCCGUUGGAUCCAAGACCCCCAUUCUUCGUUUGCCGAAGCGUGGUCUUAUGCCGGGUUUGGCCACCUCCAAUGAAUUCAUCAGUCGAGAUGAAGGCCUUCACACCGACUUUGCUUGUCUGCUUUUUGGGCACUUGCAGUCUCGGCCUCCUCCUUCCGUCAUCCAGACUAUCAUCACAGAUGCUGUAGAUGUCGAAAAAGCUUUUCUUGCCGACGCCUUAGCCAACCGACUCUUGGGAAUGAACGAAAAGUUGAUGAGCCGCUACGUCGAAUUUGUCGCUGACCGCCUCCUUGUCGCCCUCGGCAACGAAAAGGUCUACUGCGUCCCCAACCCCUUUGACUUUAUGGAUAUGAUUUCUAUGGAAGGCAAAACAAUUUUUUCGAGCGACGUGUCUGACUAUUCCAAUGCGGCGCGCACUUCGUCCAGUGUUCCUGUUACUAAGGCAAAGUUGUCAGUGUCUCUUCUUUAG